AUGGCUACCUCACCUCAAGGCCAGCUCAAUACUGGAUCAAACACAUCAGACAGACGAUCUACGGCACCAAGCUCUUCCCAGAUCAGUGAACCUGAACCUGUCAGCGUUAACACAGAGGACAACGAUCUAUCUUGUGGCUCAGGUACUGCUCGCGCAUGCCCCGUAUGUUAUCACACCUGUCCCUCAGUACCCAGUGAGAGUGAAUCGAGACCUAACCGAUAUGCGGUUAGCGAGGGGCUUUCUGAAACUUUGGAAGGUUCUAUCAAUGCGGUGAAAAGCCUUCUACACUCGUUUGAGAGGAAGGUGGGAACCGAAGAUAUGAAGGGAUCAGAAGUAGAACAAGCAGAUCAAGUCGGUACAGUAGAUGAAGACGUUUGUCGUCCAAAAGUCCAAAUCCAAUUCAGGAGAAGAAAUCCUCAUGAACCUCCUAAUGACUCACAUGAGGAUGAAGGGAGCAGCAACGGUCGAUCAUAA